AUGAUCAGUGAUGGCCGGAUAGGAUACAGCACAAUGAUCGGUGAUGGCCGGAUAGGAUACAACACUAUGACCGGUGAUGGCCGGAUAGUAUACAGCACAAUGACCGGUGAUGGCCGCAUAGGAUACAACACAAUGACCGGUGAUGGCCGGAUAGGAUUCAACACAAUGAUCAGUGAUGGCCGGAUAGGAUACAGCACAAUGAUCGGUGAUGGCCGGAUAGGAUACAACACUAUGACCGGUGAUGGCGGGAUAGGAUACAGUACAAUGAUCGGUGAUGGCCGGAUAGGAUACAACACAAUGAUCGGUGAUGGCCGGAUAGGAUACAGCACAGUGAUAAUUGAUGGCCGGAUAGUAUACAGCACAAUGACCGGUGUUGGCCGGAUAGUAUACAGCACAAUGAUCGGUGAUGGCCGGAUAGGAUACAACACUAUGACCGGUGAUGGCCGGAUAGGAUACAACACUAUGACCGGUGAUGGCCGGAUAGGAUACAACACUAUGACCGGUGAUGGCCGGAUAGAAUACAAUACUAUGACCGGUGAUAGCCGGAUAGGAUACAACACUAUGACCGGUGAUGGCCGGAUAGGAUACAGUAAAAUGAUCAGUGAUGGGCGGAUGGGAUGCAGCAUAAUGAUUAGUUAUGGCCGGAUAGGAUACAACACUAUGACCGGUGAUAGCCGGAUAGGAUACUGCACAAUGACCGGUGAUGGCCGGAUGGACUUGUGA